CGGGCUCGCCAGUCGCUGGCUCCGGUGUCAGCCUUGCUGAAGGCAGCCCGUGCGCUGUGUGCGGGAUCAUACCUACCGACGGUGGUGGACACUCGACCUGCGCGACCCAUCCACCUCUGGCUGUUACUUUGUUAGCGCGCACCUGGGAUGAUCGCAUAAGGAGCAAUAUACAGCCACACCUGGGGAUUAGGGCUGGUAUGAGGAGCAGAUCAAAAUGGAAGGGCUUCUAUCUCCCAUGAGAGCUAAGAUGACGGAGGGGCGGAGAUGUCAAGUUCACCUCCUAGAUGACAGGAAGUUGGAACUUCUCGUGCAGCCAAAACUAUUGGCCAAAGAGCUGCUUGAUUUGGUAGCAUCCCACUUCAAUCUGAAAGAGAAGGAAUAUUUUGGAAUUGCUUUCACUGACGAAACGGGCCAUUUAAACUGGCUGCAGUUGGACCGGAGAGUACUGGAACAUGACUUCCCCAAAAAGUCUGGUCCUGUUGUCUUAUACUUUUGUGUCAGGUUUUACAUAGAAAGUAUAUCGUAUCUCAAGGACAAUGCCACCAUUGAGUUGUUCUUCCUAAACGCCAAGUCUUGUAUAUACAAGGAAUUGAUAGAUGUUGACAGUGAUGCAGUCUUUGAAUUAGCUGCGUAUAUCCUGCAGGAGGCAAAGGGAGAUUUUUCAAGUGAUGAGCUUACAAGAGGAGAUUUAAAGAAGCUGCCAGCCCUUCCAACGCAGGCCCUGAAGGAGCACCCAUCCCUGGCCUACUGUGAGGACAGAGUUAUUGAGCAUUACAAGAAACUGAGUGGCCAAACAAGAGGACAAGCUAUUGUAAAUUACAUGAGUGUUGUAGAGUCCCUUCCCACGUAUGGAGUCCACUACUAUGCAGUUAAGGACAAGCAGGGAAUCCCUUGGUGGCUGGGAUUGAGCUACAAGGGGAUUUUUCAGUAUGAUUACCAUGAUAAAGUGAAACCACGAAAGAUCUUCCAAUGGCGACAGCUGGAAAACCUUUACUUCAGAGAGAAGAAGUUCUCAGUAGAAGUUCAUGACCCUCGCAGGGCCUCUGUUACCAGGAGAACGUUUGGACAUGGUGGAAUUGCUGUCCACACGUGGUAUGCCUGUCCAGCACUUAUAAAGUCCAUAUGGGCUAUGGCCAUUAGCCAACACCAGUUCUAUCUGGAUAGAAAGCAAAGCAAGUCCAAAAUACAUGCAGCAAGAAGCCUAAGUGAGAUCGCCAUUGACUUGACAGAAACAGGAACAUUAAAGACAUCCAAACUUGCGAACAUGGGAAGCAAAGGAAAGAUUAUCAGUGGGAGUAGUGGCAGCCUACUCUCCUCAGGUUCCCAGGAGUCCGACAGUUCACAGUCUGCCAAGAAAGACAUGCUGGCUGCACUGAAAUCCAGGCAGGAAGCUCUGGAGGAGACACUACGCCAGCGACUGGAGGAGCUGAAGAAGCUGUGUCUACGGGAAGCGGAACUUACUGGUAAACUUCCGAGAGAAUACCCUUUAGAUCCUGGAGAGGAGCCACCAACUGUGCGGAGAAGAAUAGGCACAUCAUUUAAAUUGGAUGAGCAGAAACUGCUUGCAAAAGGAGAGGAAGAGGAGUUAGAACGUCUUGAGAGGGAAUUCGCAAUCCAGUCGCAAAUUACAGAGGCAGCUCGUCGUCUGGCCAGUGACCCUCAUGUUAGCAAAAAGCUGAAGAAACAAAGAAAAACUUCUUAUCUUAACGCACUAAAGAAACUACAGGAGAUUGAAAACUCUAUUAACGAGUACCGCAUCAAAUCCGGGAAAAAGCCCACCCAGAGAGCAUCCUUAAUUAUUGAUGAAGCAAACCUCGGCAGUGAAGACAGUUCCCUUUCUGAUGCCCUUGUUCUAGAAGAUGAGGACUCUCAGGCUCCCAGUAUACUGUCUCCUAUGCAGUCGCCCCACAAAGGUCUGCCACCAAGACCUCCCUCGCACUCAAGACCUCAUCCACCACAGUCACUGGAUGGGCUCAGACAGUUGCACUACCAGAGAAACGAUUAUGAUAAAUCUCCCAUAAAGCCCAAGAUGUGGAGUGAAUCGUCCUUGGAUGAACCUUAUGAAAAAGUAAAGAAAAGGUCCUCACACAACCAUUCCAGUAGCCAUAAACGAUUCCCGAGCACAGGCAGCUGUUCAGAGGCAGGAGGGAGCAACUCCCUCCAAAACAGUCCCAUUCGGAUUCUCCCUCACUGGAAUUCUCAGUCUAGCAUGCCAUCCACACCCGACUUGCGAGUACGCAGCCCACACUAUGUUCAUUCCACCAGAUCAGUGGAUAUCAGUCCCACACGGCUGCACAGCCUAGCACAGCACUUUAGACACAGGAGCUCAAGCUUGGAGUCGCAAGGAAAGCUUUUGGGUUCUGAGAAUGACACUGGGAGUCCUGAUUUCUAUACCCCAAGGACUCGUAGCAGUAAUGGUUCUGAUCCAAUGGAUGAUUGCUCCUCUUGUACCAGCCACUCAAGCUCUGAGCACUACUACCCUGCCCAGAUGAAUCCCAACUACUCUACACUGGCGGAGGACUCUCCCUCCAAGGCCAGGGAGCGUCAGAGACACAGACACAAAUCUAACGGAAACCUUGUAUCUUCAAAUUCAGGGAGUAUGCCCAAUCUAGCUGCCCGGAAUGGAACUGGGCACCAUGGUGUCUAUUUAAAUAGCCAGAGCCAGCCUUCAUCUCAGUACAGGAUCAAAGAGUAUCCUCUGUACAUUGAAGGAAGUUCAUCGCCUGUGGUUGUGCGCAGCUUGGAAAAUGACCAAGAGGGUCACUAUAGCGUCAAAGCACAAUUCAAGACAUCAAACUCUUACACUGCUGGGGGGAUGUACAAAGAGAACUGGCAUGGGGAUGAUGCAGCGGACUCUGUGAGGCUCACCCCUUCCCGCUCUCAGAUUGUAAGGACUCCAUCACUUGGCAGAGAGGGCCAUGAGAAGGGCCCAGCCAGGACUGUGGUGUCUGAUGAGCUGCGGCAGUGGUACCACAGGUCAUCAUCUCACAAGGAGCACAACAGACUUUCACAUACUAGUUCCAACUCAUCUGACAGUGGUUCCCAAUACAGCACAUCUCAAAGCACCUUUGUGGCACACAGCAGGGUUACAAGAAUGCCUCCGGUCUGUAAAGCAAUGACAGCUGCCUUACCUCACGGUCAGAGGAGUUCAACGCCUUGCAGUGAUCUCACAGCCACCCCCCCAAGCAGUCCUCACCACAUAUUAACCUGGCAGACCGGGGGCUAUGGUGAUAGCUGCUACCUUGAUUCUGCCCUAUUCCCAGAAUUUGCUGAUGUCCAGUGGUACGGACAAGAAAAAGCCAAGCCCGGGACUCUCGUGUGAACCCAAACGCUCACAACAAUGCCAUGUGGAUAUCUUGUCACUGCCUCUCAUUUGCCUUACCCAGAUGCACUAUCAUCCCACGCCAACUUCAGCUAUAAGCACUUCAUUCUGAAACUAACAAAUGAACCCAGCGCCAGCCCUGCUUCUGAGUGCACAGCCAGUGUCGGAGACAUUACUAAAGACUAUCAUAAGACCUCCAAGCCAGUGUAUAUUACGAAACAGUGACAGACUGGUGUCCGUUUGCAGCUGGUGUCAUUUUGUACGAGUCAGGAAUAAAACCAUCACCGCUUAAUCACUAUUAAUGUUAUUGUACGGAAGUGAAACAAAAAGUAACGAUGUCGGAUAUCUGAAGUUUCGUCCAACACAGCACUAGUAAAAUGGACUUCUCUUUUUUUUCUUGGAGAAAUGAUAUUUUAGUAUAUCUCAAGUCAGAUGUUUCAUUAUAUGGGCGUAAAAAAGCUGACUCAUAGAGAUGCAUUGGAAACAGCAGUCAGUUUUAUUCUUACCAAAGAUAAACUUCCCAAACAAGUCUAUUGUCUAUAAGCUUACAUUUUAAAAGAUCAUUUGCAAAAUUGCUGUUUUUAAAUACAAGAUACAGUUUGGCUACAAUUACACUGCAAGGUGCAAUGGUGACAUCAUAAAUACUCAAACACUGUAAAUAAACCUCUUUGGCUGAUGUCAUGUGAAAAGGCUUCAGUCAUUACAAUA